AUGUCGGCUUCAUGUGCUGUAACACCGUCUGUUAGAACAGAACUAUUCAGCUCAUUAUCUAAAAGACCCACCUUUCCUGCUCAAACUCGUCGACCAAGGAACAAAUGUGAAAUCAGCAGAAGGGGUUUUGCAGUGAGAGGGAUUAUUGCUUCUGGAGUUUCAGUCAUGGGCACUCCUCCUUCACCAUCAUCAGCUGCUUCUCAGCUAAUUCAAGGUGGGGAUAGAUUAGCUUUUAAACCAGAAAGAUAUAACUUUUGGGAAUGGAGAGGUCACAAGAUUCAUUAUGUGGUUCAAGGAGAUGGCUUGCCUCUUGUUCUUAUUCAUGGCUUUGGUGCUUCUGUCUUUCACUGGAGGUAUAACAUUCCUGAACUGGCUAAGAAGUACAAAGUGUACGCCUUGGACUUACUCGGUUUCGGAUGGAGUGACAAAGCUCUCAUAGAGUAUGAUGCAAUGGUUUGGACAGAUCAAGUUAUUGACUUUAUCAAAGAGAUUGUCAAAGAGCCAGCUGUUGUGGUUGGAAACAGCCUAGGGGGAUUCACAGCUUUGUCAGUUGCGGUGGGAUUACCAGAGCAAGUCACAGGAGUUGCGCUUCUUAACUCUGCAGGACAGUUUGCAUCCGUGAGUAGAAAGCAAGAGGAAGCUGAGGAAACCUCCGCGUUAACCAAGUCUGUAGUUAAGCCACUCAAAGAGAUCUUCCAACGUGUGGUUCUUGGGUUCUUGAUCUGA